UCUUUCUGUAACUCGAAAAACACACUGCAUUGCUACCUAGCUGCUUAAGAUGAAUAGAUCGCCUUGUGGAAGAGAAAAUUUUUAUUUCAAAAUGGAAUCAGCCCAAAAGGAUACCGAAGCAGGAGUAUACAAUGAUGUUGCUUGCGCGAUAGCAACAAAGCCAAAGAGCUGUGAUAAGGUCCAGUUGGGUGGACAUAAGAGGCACACAGGAACUACAGAGAGUUCGAUUCAAGCUCUAAAUUAUGCCCUGCAUUCACAAGCUGCUGUGGCGCGCCGUCUUCUGUGCAUUUCGGUCACUGUUGUUACCGUUGCUUUUUUGACAGCGGCUGCCACUUUGGCAUUUGCUUUAUUCUUGAUGAUGUAUAGGACAAACGAUGUGGCCGUGUCGUCUAAAAAUGACGAACCUAUGAAAGAGUCGAAGCUAUCACAAUCACAGUUUGAAGCUGAACUUAAGGCAAUGAAGCAGAACAUCUCGACAAUUCAGUCACGGGUUGCUGAUAAAGUGGUGGGUAGCUAUGACGGCCAGGUGCUUUAUCAAUCUUGCUUUUAUUUGUAUUCAAUGAUAUAUUCGUGAGAGAAGUGGCUCAUUAGGUUACUUAGAAAAAAUAUCAGUGG